AGGGAACAUUGUUUGGAACUUUGUCACCGCAGGCCAGUACGUCGGGGACCAGUCCAAGAUGCACGGGGACCGAAACUUGCGUUGCAACUUAUGCGCCCACCUAUUUCAGGGGGGGUCGUCGAAGGCCGCGCGUCAUUUCACGCAGUCGAAGUUUUGCAAGGCUGGGGGGAUGAGAGUUCUCGCGGAACUCUGGAACGACACACACUACCCAUUUGUGUCGUCCACUGCUCAGCGGGUGCAGACGUGGAUGGCAGACGAGGGCAUAGGGACACGAGAGCGCCCUUGGGUGGCCAGAGACAGCGGAUGGACGACGCAGAGAGGGACGACAUUCAGGACACCCUCGAUGAGGAGGAGGGCCGCGAGGGUGGGGCCAGGGAGGGGGCGGUUGCAGACGAGGCAGACGAGGCAGUCGGAGAGCCUAACCUGCMAGGGGAGGAGGUGGUGAUGACGUCGAGAGGYGUYGGUBGAGCGGGUCCUGCUACUAGGGCGCCGCGACCUGAGGUGGAGCGCGCGAGGAGGGAGAAGAGGACAGUGGGGCAGGCUGGCGUCGAGGUGCUUGACACGGGCAGGGAGAAGAGGGCUCGACAGACCACGAUUGACGAGAUGUACACGAGGGAGAAGUUUGCCGAGUUCACAGACGCGUGGCUUCGGUGGAUCUACAUGAAGAAGUUGCCAUUCAACGCCUUUCGUGGUCUGGAGUUCCAGAAGGUGCGGCAGGCGGCAAAGAGAGUGCCUUGCUCUAUCCAGUUCCGGUUUCCCUCCUACAGGGUUACAGCGGGCGCCGAUAUCCCUUCGCAGAGGGCGAAGGUGGCGACGAUGGUGAGCGAGGUGCGCGCCACUUUCCGGCACAGCGGUGCCACUAUCCUUUCCGACGGGAGGAAGUCGCGCAGCGGCAAGCCGCUCGUGAACUUCCUCGCCGGGGGCGCCAAUGGCGCCCUGCUGUAUGCCACCGUCGCACGUGACGAGUCGGUCCGAGACACAGCGGACGUCAUGUACCGUAGGUGGCGGGCCAUCAUCUUGUCCUUUCCUGCAAAGGACGUGAUCGGCUUCUGCACAAACUCCGCCAGUAACUAUACGGCGGCAGCGCGCAGGUUCGCCACAGACCCUGAGCCUGACAUCAGGAGGAUCACGUGGCUCCCCUGCUCCACCUAUGUCUGCAACUUGAUGUUGUCAGAUAUUGGGACGCGAGUGGUGUGGGUCAAGGAGACCAUCAUUCGCGCUCAAGCGCUUGUGCGAUUUAUUAAAUCGCACGGCGCUGCUCACACCCUGUUUAGGAAGGUGAGCCCUGGCGUUCAGCUCGUCGAGCCCGUUGAGACAUGGUUUGCAUCGGUUUUCCUGAUGCUGACGUGUCUCAAAGGCCGACGAGACGCGUUGGAGAGCAUGUUGCACGGGGAUGCUUGGGCACGCAUCCCGUGGGAUCGCACCCACGUAUCUCAGGCGCAGUGGGUGCAGCAGCAGAUCCGGGAUGGGGAGUUUUGGCAGCGUGUCCAGUACGCCAUCCUAGUCAUGUCGCCCGUCCACCAGCUGUUGCGCAGGAUGGAUAGAGGUGGAAUGAUGAUGUCCGUUGUUUACGAGUGGAGUCAGCAUCUGCUGCAGUUGAUGAGGAGGGUGGACGUGCCGGAGGACAUGAUCGAGUCGUGCGUGCGUGAGGUUGCCAUCCGCAACCUCCACAUGCUAGAGCCCGCACAUGUCGCGGCCCACCUCCUCAACCCUCGUCGACGGUCCCUCACGUAUUACCAUUCGCUGGAGACAACCGCCGACGACCGCCGUGUGGUCAAGGAGUGCGACAGGCGCAGACCGGCGGCGAUCCGGUCGGCUUAUUGUACAGGAGCGGGGGACAGCGAGACCGAGCGAUGUGCAGCGUGGUGGUUUGAGCAUGGACGUGCCCACCCGGAGUUGCGCACCAUCGCCAUCCGUGUCAUGCACUUAUGGACGUCUGCCUCUCUAGCGGAGAGGAACUGGGCGGAGCAUGAGCGCGUCAGCACGACGAGGCGCUGCAAGCUUGGGUUCGCCAAGCUUGCACAACUGGUUGAGAUUGCCACCAAUCUCAAACUGGCCUCGUGCGCACGGCAUGGUGGUGGCUACGUGUUGCCAUGGGUUAUGGGGACCGGUCGGGGGGGGACGGCGGCAGAGGAGGAGGAUGAGGAGGGAGAUGUGGAGCGCGAGGUGUGGGGAGCGCGACCUGAUGACAGUGUUCUCGAGCAGGAGAUCCAGCGGCAGAUUGUCACUUUUCGUGACAGCCGACCGUCCAGAGCCCGUUCGGUUCGGGACGUGUUCGGCAGCAGAGCGACGGAGCUGCGACCGCGAGUGGCAGCAGCAGAGCCGGCGGUGGUCGUGGAGGACGUUCGCAUGCAGAGGUUCGUGUGGAAGACUCGGGGGAGCAGCAGCCACGGGGAGGCCGAGGAUGAGGAGGUGCCCCUUCGCGAUUGUCGCUUCUCUCCCUCCCAUCAUCCGAUCUCUGCACAACCCGAGGCACUUAGGCAUUCGGAGAGGUUGGCGUCGGCAGCAGGCAGAGACCGGACACAUGACGACGAAAAUCGUGGGGGGGAGAGGACUCCUUCCGACGCCAGUAUCCGCCCCCGCUCGCCGUCGGUGCUCCGCACACAGGACUUCGACGUCGUAGGGCUUGGCGGAAGCUUGGGAGAUUUCAGUGUCGAGGGACGUCGACGUGCCUCACCGCAGGAGGUGCGCACAGACGCGGACGUUGAGCGGGGCCCUGUUAAGACUGAGGAGGAGAGGGAUGCCCAUUUGGAUCGAGAGGAGGAGGAGCGGCUGAGGAGUUUGCCACAGUGGGAGGGUCGGUUCGCGUAUCUCGACGAUCAGCGUCGGCAAAGGGACUUGGAGACAGGAGGGGGGGGGGAGCCGGGAUGUCGAUGACUCCGGUGCCCAUGAGGAGGAGGUUCACGGGGAGUUCGAUUAUGAGGGGCAGGAUGCCGCCGCGGGUGGUGGGUCAGGUGGUGGACGAUGCAACGACGAG